CACCUCAUCAUCUCUUCGAAAACAUCCCAAUCUCUCUCUCUCUCUCCUGAGCACUGAAAUGCUCGUCCCUGCUCCUCUUCACCCUCUCUUCUAAUCUCCUUGCCGGUUCACGCGCCUCCGCCUCCGCCUCGGUCCGCCGCGCGCUCCGUCGCUCCGGCGGCGCUGAGAUUUUUCCGGGCCUGGAAAUCGGCUGGGGUUUUUUUUUGUUUCAGUUUUUUUUUUCCUUCUCCGCCGGAGGAGGGGGAAGUUUUGGUGGUGGAGGUGGUGGUGGUGGGGGUUCGGGAGUUUCGAUUUCGGAUUCGGAGAGACGGGCGUUCGAGAUGGAGGGAGGGCAGUACAACCCUAGGACCGUGGAGGAGGUGUUCCGGGACUUCAAGGGCCGCCGGGCCGGCAUGAUCAAGGCAUUGACCACUGAUGUCGAAGAAUUUUAUCAGCAGUGCGAUCCCGAGAAGGAAAACCUUUGUCUGUAUGGGUUCCCCAAUGAGCUGUGGGAAGUUAAUUUGCCAGCAGAAGAAGUGCCACCGGAGCUUCCUGAACCUGCUCUGGGUAUUAAUUUUGCAAGGGAUGGCAUGCAGGAAAAGGACUGGUUAUCUUUGGUUGCUGUGCACAGUGAUGCUUGGUUACUUUCUGUGGCUUUCUAUUUUGGUGCCAGAUUUGGCUUUGACAAGACUGACAGAAAACGUCUGUUUAGUAUGAUUAAUGACCUUCCAACCAUAUUUGAAGUCGUGACUGGAAGUGCAAAGAAACAGUCGAAGGAGAAGUCAUCUGUUUCAAAUAGCAGCAACAAAUCCAAGUCAAGCUCAAAAGGGGGGCAGAGAGCGUCAGAAUCUGUGAAGUAUUCGAAGCCAGUGCAGGCAAAGGAUGAGGAGGAGGUUGUGGAUGAGGAAGAUGAGGAGGAGCAUGGGGAUACCUUGUGCGGGGCAUGUGGAGAGAACUAUGCCGCGGACGAGUUUUGGAUAUGUUGCGACAUGUGUGAGAAGUGGUUCCAUGGGAAGUGCGUGAAAAUUACUCCUGCCAGGGCUGAGCACAUCAAGCAAUACAAGUGCCCUUCGUGCAGCAACAAGAGAGCACGGCCUUGACACAAGGGACAUCGUACUCUGAAUCUUUCACAAUGUCGUGUCAAUUUGGGCAAGGCUAUCUGUUUAGGGUUCUUAUGUUUGUGUCCUGUACGCAGAUUAUUUGCAUUGGAUACCUCGGCCUCGGAUCUCGUCAUGUUGGAUAUGUUCAUAUAUGGCAAUUCGUAGGCCUUCACCUGUUUAUCACGUUGCAUGUGUGGUAGUUUCGACUCUUUUAUGUUAUUUGGCCUAGUGAUAGCCUUCCUCUA